AUGGCAGGCGCUACUGGCGUCCUUGUCUGGCGCCGUUACUGCACUCGCUGCGUCUCGUUCUGGCAACGCCUCAGUCGGCUCACAGCAACCGGCGCAACAUCAGCUCCGGCACCUUAUUUGAAUCGCACAGGUGGAGCGGUGGCUGGCUGCCCGGACGUUUGGUCCGAUAUGUUCUCUGCAGGAAUUCUCCGUCGAGCGAGCUUCUCCAUCGAUCGGCUGGGGCGAGGGGCUGCCCCGGGAAGCUUUCUCUGGCCUGGCGACCGUGAAAGUGUGUCACCGGAAGUGUGCUCGUCCAGGCCGACGGCAGGAAGCAAGCUCCCCUGUCUAGGCUUAGAGCCUGCCCAGUUCGAAUUCGCUUACGCAACGGGGACGCGUUCGCCGCGAGACAGCUUCCAGUUGGAUUACUCACUCGACUUCUUCAAGACGUAUAUCGAUACGCAGCGUUUCUACGCCGGCCACAAGUUGGAUUUCAAACAUCAGAGUUGUGCCGGCGGCCCUGGUUCCGGUGGUGGAGGCGGUGGAGGAGGAGGAGCUGCUGGAGGAGUCGUCGUCGGCGGCAAUAACAACAGCAACAACUCAGCGGUCCAGCAGCAACAACACCAACAGCAACAGCACCAGCAGCAGCAACAACAGGCUGUAGCCAGCAGCGGCAACAGUGCCAGUAACGGAAGCAGCUCCAGCUCCACACUGUCGCUUACCCAUCCGCACGUCCACAGCAGUCACGCCCACGGCCACGCCCAGGCCCUAGCGGUAGCGCACGGCCAUCACGGACUGCUGCCGUCGGUCUCCGUGCCUCACCAGCAGCCGCAGCAGGUACCCCAGCCCCAGCAGACGCAACAAUUGCCGACGGGCGUGGGAGUCGCCGCGCCGCUACAGCAACAACAACAGCAACAACAGCAGCAGCAGCAGCUGAUCAACAACGGAGCGCCGACCCUGCUGAUCGGUAACGGACCCAGCUCGGCCGGGACGGGCACCGGAGCUGGAUCCGUGUCCGCCGUUGCAGCGGCCGCAGCUGCUGUCGCCUCCAUUCCGCACGUGACGCCCCACAGCUUGGGACUUAGUCCGCAGUCGAGCGCCGACUCGCAGCAGUUUAACAUCUUUCCGGCGAUCUUCAGCCGCCAGCUGAACUUUUCUGCCGGCGGGCAAGCGGGAAAGCUGAGCAUGGACGAGCUGCGUCCGAACUUGGUGGGCGGGUUGCUGGGCCUGCAGCAGGGACUGCUGGAGGACCACGCCAGCAUGCAGCACGGAGGCGUGGCACAGGAUACCAAGUUCAUGUCGUUCCAGGACCAGCGGCUUAUGGGCAUCGGCGGCUCACACGAGAACCGUUUACUCAGCCUGGCCAGCUCGGUGCAGGACACCCGCUCCCCGAUCACUACGCUGGACAAGUCGUCCUCCUCGUCGCUUAACCACCAGCGCAAGUGCAGCACCACGCCGGAGGACUUCAGCGCCCUCUACUCGGGCCUGCCCACUCCCGGAAUGGACUCGUCAUCACACCACCACACCCCGGCGCACACGCCGCCCUCGCGCCUCUCCGACCACACAAUCUCGGCAGAGGGAGCCUUCAAGAAGCUCAAGCCGGAACCCAACAGCGGCCUCUCGACGGUUUCCACAGGCAUCACAUCGCCAGGAAGUGGAUUAUCAACGCUGAGUCAGCACGCCGGCCACACCCCAACCACAGCAUCCUGCCCCACACCAGCCAGGCGGAGACAUCGAACCACAUUCACACAGGAACAAUUAGCGGAACUGGAAGCUGCAUUUGCGAAAUCGCAUUAUCCGGAUAUUUACUGCCGCGAAGAGCUGGCGCGCACUACAAAGCUGAACGAGGCGCGGAUUCAAGUUUGGUUUCAGAACCGACGAGCCAAGUAUCGCAAGCAGGAGAAGCAGCUGCAAAAGGCGCUGGCACCGUCUGUGAUCCCGUCCUGCAACGGAAUGAUGCGAAACAUCCAGGGCUACAGUGUCUCCCGCGGGUACCAGCCGUAUCCGCAUCACAACACCAUGAAUCGCUAUCCCCAGGAUCUUUUUCAAAUGGGCGCUUCCUCGUAUCCCGGCAUGACACAACCGUUCUCCAUGGCCCACAGUACGAACAUGGGGUCUGUCGGGGUCCGGCAGGACUCGAUGGGAAUGUCACCGGAGGACGAAUGGUACAACAAAAGCCUGUCCGCCCUGCGGAUGAACUCCUCGCAUCAUCCCAACUUGUCGGCUCCGAUGCUGCAGUACCAGACAUAAUCAAAAACCUUUGACGACUUCUUUUAAAAGAUCGCAACUCACCCGAUGAUGUGCGGUGUUUUAAAGGCAAGUGCGUCAAACGGUGUCCCGCAGCAUCCACAAAGGUCUCUGUCUAUAUCUAUGCAUAUAUCGGUGUAUAUAUGUACAUAAGAGAGUGUGUGUGUCUCAGUCAGUCACUUGGUCACUCAGUCACCUAGUCAGUCAGUCAGCCAGUCAGCCAGUUAGCCAGCAAGACAUUAGUUUCCAUACCCAAGAUCCAUAUCGAAAAAGGACUAAAUUGCAUUCGGUUGAAACUAAUUCAGGCGUAGAUUGUAAUCGUCCGUUGGCGUUUGCAGCUCUAGUCGAGAUAUUACUUAUAAGACUUGUUAAUAUGAUUGUUUUUUUUUUUAACUUUUUUUAUUCGGAUCCAAGGAGAGUGGAGAGAAAGGGACGAGGGUG